UGAGGCGUCUGAUCACCAAACCCUGACUGAUGUCACAGAGAGACCUGACCAAUGACCGUCAGUUUACUCAGAGUUUCUCUGAAGCCACGGCGUCGAAGUGGAAUCUGCUCAUGUUUACUCGAGCUGCACAAUAGAGCGGAAGACAUGAGCAAACAGUGGGCAGUGGUUGUUCUGGUGCUGAUUCAGCUUCACUGCUGUGAUUGCUGUCCUGAUCUGUGCCAGUGCUUCUCAGCUGUGAAGGUCGUCUGCUCAGACGAGUCCAUGAAAGCUUUGCCUGUGAACAUCUCAGCGCAGGUGAGAGAACUGAUCGUAGUGGCGUCGGGCAUCACACUUUUGGACGGCAGUUCCUUUAGAGAGAACCUCACACUUACUAAGCUGGUCGUUCUCAACAGCCUUGUGAGAAAGGUCUCUCACGACGCCUUCCACCGUCUGCUUGAGCUGCAGGAGCUGGAAAUCAGUGGAAACCAAUACUGGUUUACUUCUGAGGUGCAGACCUUCAGCUCGCUGGCCAACCUUACGAGACUGUUACUCAACAAUAAUAAGAUCAGCUCUCUGGAUGCUGGCACUUUCGACUCUUUGCACAAUCUGGAAACGCUGCAGCUGAGGGGGAACGGCUUGUUUUAUUUGCCCGGACUUCUCUUCCAUCGUCUCCACAAACUGCAGGAACUGGAUUUGUCCUUCAACCACAUCAGCUCCGUCUCAGCGGAUAUUUUCCAGAACAACUCUCUCCUGAGAGCGCUCUCGUUGCAGGCCAACACCAUCUCACAGCUUCCAGAAGAGAUCUUCAGCCGCCUGGAUCACCUGGAGGAACUGAACCUCCGAAGCAAUCUCAUACACAACCUGAGCGCUGAAACAUUCCCAUCUGGUUUGCGGAAGCUGAUCCUCAAGAAGAACGCACUGGCGCAACUGCCCCACAAUAUCUUUCACAAACUGCAUCACAUUACAUAUCUGGACUUGUCUCAGAAUCAGCUGUCCGGAGUCCCUUCGGAUCUCUUUCAGAACCUCAUCUCACUGAAAAAACUGGAUCUGUCUGAGAACCGGAUUACAGCAUUGCCUGGAUCUGUCUUCAGCGGGCUGUUUAGUCUAAAAGCCAUCCAUCUACAGAAAAACAAACUGAGCUCGCUGGAAGUGAACCUGCUGAAGAAUCAGCACGAUAUAGAGCAGCUGUACCUGUCCAUGAACAGCCUGCAGAGCAUCCCACACGGCUUCUUUGAUGACCUGGACUUCCAGUCCGUGGUCCGGCUUCACGGAAACCCCUGGCGCUGUGACUGUGGCUUACAGUACUUCUUUAACUGGCUGAAGUACAACGAAAGGAACGUGGAGGAUCUGACCAGGGUUCACUGUGAAGCUCCUGAGGUUAUUCGAGGACAACGCCUGGUGUCUGUGGACAAAGAGCAGCUCGUCUGCGGGAAAAACUCCAGCUCUGAGCUUCAAGUGUCCUCUGCUCCACACGUCACGGAGAUCCCGGUUGAUGAUGAUGAUGAUGAUGAUGGUGCGAUUCGUUGCUCGCUCACAUAUGUCAAAGGCACAGCAUCCAUCCAAUGCAAAGUCACUAAAUGCACCAGCUUGAAGUUUCAGGCUCUUUAUGAAUUUGCGGAUGGAAAUAAACAGGAGAGUUUCAUGAAAGAGUGCUCGGUGCCGGUGAAAUGCUCCAAUGGGACGACUGAUGAUCUUCUGAUUUAGUUUGCUUCUCAAUUUUUCUUCACAUCAUACACUCUGAGAUAAAAAUAAGUAGAAAACUAAAAUGGACAAUUUUGAAUCUUAGCUACUGUUGCAUAUCUUAAAGUAGUAAUAUGUACCCAAAAAUGUAAAAUUGCUGAAAACACCCUCAUGUCAUCUGAGAUCAGGAUGAGUUUGUGUCUUCAUCAGGUUUGGAGAAAUGCAGCACUGCAUCAGUGUCUCAUCAAUGGAUGCUCAGCAGUGAAUGGGUGCCGUCAGAAUGAGAGUCUGAUAAAAACAUCACAAUAAUCCACAGCACUCCAGUCCAUCAGUGAACAUCUGGAGAAGACAAAAGAUGAAACACAUCCAGCAUUAAGAUGAUUUUAACUCAAACACAUAGAGUCUAUAAUCCAUAAUAACACUUCCUCCAGUGAAACAGUGUUCUGGUCUGAAUCAGGAGAGAAAUCUGCACAGAUCAAGCAGCGUUUAAACAGAUCUAAACUAAUCUGUGAGAGACAACAGCAGAUGCACUUUUUCCAGAUGUUCACUGAUGGACUGGAGUGGGAUGAGCUGAGGAUAAGUAUAUGCAUGUUCAAUGUUGUCCUUUAACAGUUUUGCCCUGACGUACUGUCCCAGAAUGCUUUGAUGUAGAGCUGAUUGUGUUCAGCUGUCGUAAGUUAAAGACUAAGCCAUGCAUAAGCCGGACUCAUCACAGCGGAGAAGCAUGCCAGAGGAAUCAGUGAGAGAUAAGAGAGGUGGAUGAACUUGUUUUUGGUGGGUCAAAGUACAGUCAUGAGACUGAACCACAACACAGUGUUUAAACAAGCUGAGUGAUUCAUAUGAAAUAUCCAGUAGAUGUUCAGAAGGUGACACAGCACAUCCCUUGCAUUCAUACUACUGUUUCAUAAACCAAUAAAUAAUAAUGUGCCACUGGAA